AUGAGGGCGGGUGUGCAGAGGGCCAUCAUGCGGGCUUUGAUCGGCCUUUGUCCGGGUGGCUGUGAGAACGUGGACUCUGGGCUCUGGGAGAUGGGCUUUACGCCCUCCCUGAAGAUCCUCACAGACCCCUUCCAGCCACCUGCCUGUGUGCGGGCGGCCUCGGGUCACCCGACUCCAGCUCCAUCUGACCAGCCCAACACCAGCAGUGCAGAGAACCUGCCCUUGGAGCCAGGACAGCCGCUGGGGGUCCGUCUGGUGAACGGGAGCAGCCGCUGCAGUGGGGCAGUGGAGGUCUGGCUCGGGCUGUCCUGGGAGCCGGCCUGCGGGGCGCUCUGGGACAGCCUGGCCUCCGAGGCCGUGUGUGGCGCGCUGGGCUGCGGCGGGGCCUGGGAAGCCACCCAGCUCACCUUGCCAUCCCUGGAGCUGACGCCUGCGCCUGGCGCCAGGAACACCAGCGAGACCACGAACGCCACCCUGGCCCUGGCGCCCGCCGUUCUGUGCAGAAGUGCCGAGUGGCAACUCUGCAAAGUGGUGGAGCACGUGUGCGACAGCAACGGGAGGCCGGCCAAGGUCACCUGUGCAGAGAACCGCGCCGUGCGGUUGGUGGGCAGUAGCAGUCAGUGCGCAGGCCGCGUGGAGAUGCUAGAGCAGGGCCGGUGGGGUUCGGUGUGCGACGACACGUGGGACCUGGAGGAUUCGCACGUGGUGUGCCGGCAACUGAACUGCGGCUGGGCGGUUCAGGCCCUACCCGGCUUGCACUUCGCCCCUGGCCAAGGACCCAUCCACCGGGACCAGGUGAACUGCUCAGGGGACGAGCCCUACCUGUGGGACUGCCCGGGGCGGCCUGGAGACGGGUACUGCGGCCACAAGGAGGACGCCGGUGUGGUGUGCUCAGAGCACCAGUCCUGGCGCCUGACUGGGGGCCAUGACCCCUGCGAGGGGCAGGUGGAGGUCCAUUUCCGUGGGGUCUGGAGCACAGUGUGCAACAGUGAGUGGUAUGCGCCAGAGGCCCAUGUGCUCUGCCGGGCCUUGGGCUGUGGGACCAUGGUCGGAAUACCGAGCGGGCUGCCCCACUCCCUGCCGGGCAGAAUGUACUACUCGUGCACAGGAGAGGAGCCCACCCUCUCGGACUGCGCCUGGCGGUUCAACAACUCCAACCUCUGCAGCCAGUCGAGCGCAGCCCAAGUUCUCUGCUCAGGCUCCCGGAGUCUGCUCAAUCUGUCCACUCCUGAAGUCCCUGCAAGUGUUCAGCCAGUCACUGUAGAAUCUUCUGUGACCAUGAAAACGGAGGACUGGAAAUCACGGGAACUAAUGCUCCUCAUCUUCUGCAUCGUUCUGGGGAUUCUCCUCCUUGGCUUACUCAUCUUCAUAGCCUUCAUCCUCCUGAAAGUUAAAGGAAAAUACGCCCUCCCUGUGAUGGUGAACAACCAGCACCUACUCGCCACCACCCAAGAAGGGAUCAAUAACUAUCAUGAUGUUCCCAUCACCAUUCCCAAAGAAGUUCCCAAGCUGCCCAUCCAGGUCCAGGCCCCACUCCCCAAGGACUCGGACUCCAGCUCGGACUCAGACUAUGAGCACUAUGACUUCAGCGCCCAGCCUCCCGUGGCCCUGACCACCUUCUACAAUUCUCAGCGGCACCGCGUCACGGAGGAGGAGGCCCAGCAGAACAGGUUCCAGAUGCCCCCCCUGGAGGAAGGACUUGAAGAGAUGCAUGCUUCCCAGGUCCCACCUGUCAGCGCUGGACACUACACGGCGGACGCCCCCUCCCUGGGCUCUCAGAACCACCCCAGGAGCAACAGUGGGUCCAGCACCUCCUCUGGGGAAAAUUACUGCAAUAGCCCCAGAAGCAGGCUACCUCCGUGGACCCCUCAGGUGUUUUCUACAGAGAGGAGCCCCCUCUUGGAGCAGCCCCCGAACUUGGAGCUGGCUGGCUCCCAAGGUACUUUUUCAGCAGGGCCCUCGGCCGAUGACAGCUCCAGCACCUCAUCCGGGGAGUGGUACCAGAACUUCCAGCCGCCGCCCCAGCCCCCCUCGACGGAGCAGUUUGAGUGUCCAGGGUCCCUCACCCAGCAGCCUGAUUCCCUUGACAGCGAGGACUACGAUGACAUCGGAGCAGCCUAG